ACCUUGAAAGCAACAGGAACCACAUCUGUUGCAAACACUUCAUGCCUUCCUUAUUUCUCUCAGAGGAAGUAUGUGGCCUGUUUGGCAAGUGCCGUUCUACAUGAUAGGGUGAAGUUCACAACACUCUCAUUUGGCUGGCUGCUUCUCAACCUGAUCAGUUAGAUACUGCAAGCAACAUGAAAACUCCAUCAUGCCUGCUCCUUUUGUGAAACAGCCUGCAAAGUGGAAUACCAUGCUCAGCAUUUAAAGUUCUGAAGUGCAUUGAUGAAAAUAAAGAGAGCAAUGGGAAAUACUAUGAAAACAACAAGAGCCUCGGCAGAAAUAAAUGUGCCACCCCAAAAUGGUCAGGAGAGCGAUAUCCUUGCUGUCCUCUGUGAUUAUCCCUCCCCGGAUAUAAGCCAGCCAAUAUUUCACACAGGAGAAAAACUACGUGUGAUAUCAGAUGAAGGAGGUUGGUGGAGAGUCCAUUCCCUCACUACAGGUCGAGAAAACUACAUUCCAGGAAAAUGCGUAGCAAAAGUUUACCAUGGUUGGUUAUUUGAAGGGCUGGGAAGAGAAAAAGCAGAGGAACUUCUACAGCUUCCUGACACCAAGGUUGGCUCCUUCAUGAUUAGAGAGAGCGAAACCAGGAAAGGAUUAUAUUCAUUGUCAGUCCGGCACAGGCAAGUGAAACAUUACAGGAUCUUCCGCUUGCCGAAUAACUGGUAUUACAUCUCUCCACGGCAAACAUUUCAGUGCCUUGAGGACCUUGUGAAUCACUAUUCAGAGGUACCUGAUGGUCUGUGCUGUACCCUUACAACACCCUGUCUUGCUCAGUGCACUAACAACAAUGCAGCGAGGAACCAAGAACCGCCUGUCGUGAUGAGGAACAAAAACUUCAACUGGAAAAACAUUCACAGGCUGCAGAUAAGUAACGAAGAACCAGAAAACACACUGGCCAUGGAUGAUUCCUGUCUCAGCUAUGGCCUCAGGGAAAGUAUCGCCUCUUACAUCUCCCUAGCAGGGGAGGACAACUCUUCUUUUCUGAGUACUAGAAAGAAAAAAAGCCAGUCUCUCAUAUACACUGGAAGCAAACGCAAGAGUACCCUCCAUUUGCCAACUACAUAUUAUGAAGAAUGAACCUGAGACAGAUGCAGUCCACAGAAAAAGAACUGAGAUGUAAGAGCAAACCAUGAUCACCAGGCAGUCCUACCACAGCUGAAAGACACGCAUACCAGCGGAUGAUCAAAGAGGAGAUUGAAGGAAAUGAAGCCAAAAUUAAUGCUGGUUUUGUCUUUGUAUGUAUUUUGAAUGUUAACCAGAUACUUAAAAAAAACAACCCUUCUCAGUACUCUGUACGUAAAUAAUAACACACUGCACCUUUAAUUUGCUCAUGCACAGGUUAUAAUUUAAGUUGAGAGAGGAACUCUAACUAAAAAAUGAUAAAGUGAAGCAAAUGACUACUCAACAAAAGGUGAAAUCACUGCACCAAGGGCCAGAGCAAGGUCUGGGCACCACUUAAGACUCACUUGAGCCUUCAUACUAGGCCUUAUGUUGGCACCAUCCUUGAGAGAGAAUAUUACAUAGUGUUAUUUGAAAAGGAUGGGUUUGCUGUUAAUCACCUUUACGGCAUCACUAGAAGACUCUCAGAAAUAAGGCUAUUCUCUUCUGGAUGUAAAGUUAUUUCCAUCUCUGCUGCAGAGAAAUCAGGAGCUCCCUGGCUCCCCAAAGACAAUUAAAACGCAGCUGGUAUCUAGCUUCCAAGAACUGCUUUGGUGACACUGAAUCUAGACUGAAUUUCGUCGUCUUCGAAAAAAACAAAACAAACCUGCUCUUUGCAAUGGUUUAACCCAGCUGCUGGCAAUGCCAAGUGAAAUCACAAGACAGAGCAAUCUUGGAGUUGUUCUUCUCAGUGAGCUAAAUGGCUUCAAAGUGGAUACAUGGUUGUAACAGAGUAGAAUUCAGCUGCUCAGACCCAAUCUAGUAAUAUACACCAGGAAGCAAAGGUUUUAAAGUGAAAUAUGUUCAGAUUAGGUCCUACAGUCACAGUGAGUUGCAGUAUGUCUGAAAUUUGUGUGAAAGUGCUCAGAUUUCAAGUUAAUUUCUUGAAAGCUGCAUAUAUUUAUGUAUAAUAUUUAUAUUAAAUGCUUUUUAUUUUAAACUAUAUAAUAGUUUAGCAGCAACAGGUACAAGAGAUUUUUUUUUCUGAACAUCUUUUCUGAAAAGAUACAUGAAAUAGCAAUAACAGAGGGGUUCCCAAACUUUUUAACUGCAUAACCCCAUUUUAAUGAAUUUCCUGCCAGGACCCCAGGCAGCAUGGAGGAUACCAUUUUGAAGAGCAAAAUGGCGUCCUCCACACAGCGUGACCUCACACACACACACCAUAUGUGAGGUCACACCACAGAGAGGAUACCAUUUAGCUCUACAAAAUUGCAUCCUCUGCACACUGUGACCUCUCAUGUAUGGUGCAUGCGAAGUCACUCUGAGCAAAAUGGCAUUCUCCAUGCAUUGUGACCUCUCACAUGCUGUACAUGUAAGGUCAUGCUGUGCAGAUCAAAAUGGAGUCUUCUGCAUAGUAGGGAUGGCUGUGACCCCAUCAGCUGAUGGCACGACCCCAUUUGGGGUUGCAACCCACAGUUUGGGAACAGCUGCAAUUAGAUAUUACCUAAAGCCAUCUAGUGACCAAUAGAUUGAACCAUCAUAGACUAAGUAUCUUCUGAUGCAUUUGUGUCUUUUUUUGUAUGUCUGUAAAUGAGAUCACAAUUUGGCCCUUUGAACCCUGAUUUUCCAGUGCCUUCAGCUUCCGAUAGUCAUUUACACCUGUAGGAAUAAAACUGUACUAUCCAUGUACAUGAAUUGAGAUUUUUUUUAAUUUAAUACAGCCACUCUGCACAGGUCUAAAUGACUAUCCAAGGUAGGGAGCACUGGAGAAUUGGGUCCUUUAUGGAUAUCUUCUGUACUUGUCUUUUAGCACAAUCUGUGUAUGUCUGUACUUUUUAGAUCCUAUAACAGAUCAUCUACACUAGUGAUAAAAGUUCACAGUGAUCUAUGUAAACAGUCCAUAGUCUGAUUAAAAACAUUUGGGAACGUUAAAACGUGAAUGUAACUUACUUACAAAUAGUGACCACCACAAAACAAAAUGGACUCAGGAACUCUAGAUGUUUGUACACUCUAAUAUAUUGCUACUAAAGGGUCCGGCUCUUAACCAAUGAAGCAUAUAUGUGAAGCAUUACCAUUUUCUAAAUCACGUCUUUGUAUUUAUUCCCCAUUAAAAUAAAAUGUAAUCGCUA